AUGUCCUUACCGCAAUACAAGCCACCGAAGGAAAUCCAAGACUUGCUAGACAAAAAGCAACAGCAGCAACAGGCCAACAAUCAACGCCGGCGAACGGCCGUGCUGCCCAAACGCUCGUGGAUCCAGCGCAAUCCACGCCUAUUCCAGAUCACCUUCCUCACCGGCUCCCUGCUGGUGUUCUUCUCCAAGCCCCUGUACGACUGCUUUAUAGCCGAUCCCCUGCCGCCGCUAGAGGUUAAGGUGCCGCCGCACAAGCGCUGA